AUGGCUGCCAACUUCUGGGAAUCCACUCAGCGGCGACAUUGGCAGUUCUCGAGACCGCGGCUGGAUGAGCUGAGGAAGAAGCUGGAGGAGGAAGAGUCAAACCUUGUACAGAUGUACCCGCUGCCACAACUACGGCAUCUCAGCAUAUAUUUUAAUCAGCAAAUUGCUCGACUCGGAAAGCGCCUUGGGGUACGACAACAAGCUAUGGCAACAGCCCAAUUAUAUAUUCGCCGUUUCUAUUCGAAGGUUGAGAUCCGACGAACCAAUCCAUACUUAGUGAUUGCUACUGCAGUCUAUCUGGCUUGCAAGAUGGAAGAAUCCCCGCAUCAUAUUAGGCUUGUUGUGAGCGAGGGCCGGACAUUAUGGCCAGAUUUCUUCAGCAGUGAUACUUCAAAAGUUGGUGAAUGCGAGUUUUUUCUCAUAUCAGAAAUGAGUUCUCAGAUGAUUGUUCAUCACCCCUACAGAUCCUUGACUGCCCUUCAGGGAACAUUUUCGCUCACGCAGGAGGAGUCUGCUCUUGCUUGGUCGAUCAUCAAUGAUCACUACAUGACCGACUUGCCGCUCCUAUACGCACCACAUAUCAUUGCUCUUAUGGCUAUUCUCCUUGCUCUCGUACUUCGUCCGAACCAAACAGGUGUCCAAUCAGCUAGCGGUGCUGCUAAUAGCACGGCACACGCAGUACACGCGGCACUAAACGCGGUUAGUCAACCCAAGUCGUGGUCUCCAGAAAAGCAAGCUGGAGGACCACGGACAAAAGUACAGCGGCUUGCAAAUUGGCUUGCAGAAAGCAACAUCGAUAUCGAAGGCAUUGUUGAUUGUACCCAGGAGAUGAUCUCUUUCUACGAGGUGCAAGAACAAUACAACGAGAAGCUCACAAGGGAGCAGAUCAAUCGAUUUGUUAAAGCACGUGGACUGGACAAAUAA